AUGUCUACUACCAAUUUGUCAAGUAGGACUUCUAACUCGGUUGGGAACCCCACAAUGGAGAGGUUCUUGCCGGGAGCGGUCGUUGCCGUGGGUACACACCGGGUUGAAGUCGUCAACUACCUAGCUGAGGGAGGAUUUGCGCAAAUCUAUGUAGUCAAGUUUUUGGAAUAUCUGAAUGAGUUCGAGAAUAAGUCUAAAGUGCCGAUGAAAGUGGGUGACGUUGCAUGUUUGAAGAGAGUAUUGGUGCAGGAUGAGAAUGGACUCAGUGAGAUGAGAAAUGAGGUCGAAGUGAUGAAACAGUUGAUGGGAGCCCAGAACAUUGUGCAAUACUACGACUCUAAUGCUUGUCGUCGUCAUAACGGGAAUGCAGGCUUUGAAGUUCUUUUACUGAUGGAAUUGUGCCCGAAUAAAUCACUGCUAGACUACAUGAAUCAGAGGUUAGCAACGAAACUUACAGAGAAAGAGAUACUUAAGAUAAUGUAUGAUGUUUCGCUAGCGGUAUCGCAAAUGCAUUACUUGAAGAAUCCUUUAAUUCAUCGUGAUAUCAAGAUUGAGAAUGUCCUAGUCGAUGCACAAAACAGUUUCAAGCUUUGCGAUUUUGGAUCCACUUCCCAGUGCUUCCCAGUGGUAACUACUCAUCAGGAGAUCGCUAUCUUAACACAAAACAUUUACGUGCAUACUACACCUCAGUAUAGGUGUCCCGAGAUGAUUGAUCUUUACCGCUGCCUUCCAAUUAACGAGAAAUCUGAUAUUUGGGCACUUGGAAUCUUCUUAUACAAACUACUGUUUUUCAUUACGCCAUUCGAGAUGACAGGUCAAUUCGCAAUACUUCACUCGAAAUAUGAAUUCCCUCCAAACCACUACUCUUCUCAACUGAUAAACCUGAUCAUCAUCAUGUUGGCAGAAAAUCCUUUCGUGAGACCCAAUAUUUACCAAGUGUUGAACCACAUUUGCACCAUGAUAGGAGUCGAAGUGCCUAUUGAGGAUAAGUAUGGCUGUGGUGCUUACAACUUUGAUAAAUAUGCCGAGUUUCAAACCAAGUUACAAAACGCACAAUAUCAAAUGUAUAUGCUUCAACAAAAGAAGUUGGAAAACAGAGGCAUACUUGACCCUUCAGAUGAGAGUUUGCUGAAUAAUCUGAUGAUUACCGCUUUUGAAGUCUCCGGUAAAAUACCGAUGGAGGCUAAUUCACGUGAAUCCACGAAAUCGCCCGAAGUUCAAGAUCUAAAACUGGCAAAGGGUGCUUCUGAAGCUACUGAGGAUAAGCCUGAUCAGCAUCCUGCCUCUUCCUCUGAUGAAAUGCUAGUAAAACGAACUUCAUCAUCUAAAACACAAGAGAAAUCCCAUGUCGAUGUAGCAGAGAGCGCUUAUGAGAUAGGUUCAGAGAAACAUGAUGGUACAAGUGAGGUCAUCAAUCAAGUACCUUCUGAAACUGAUGCACUAAGUAACAAAGGGGAACCUGAGAAACAGAGCUCUAUAAUCGAAACCGCUGUUCCUCCAGCAGACGAUUUGCAUAUGGCUGCUCCUAAUUUGGAGCAAAGACAAAAGAGCUCAAGUUCAAUUUCUUCUGAAAGCAAAUCUUAUAUGAGUGGGCCACAAGGGCUGAGUUCAGAGGAGUUGACGGAGCAUGCUAUCAAAGCAGAGAUUGCUCCAGGCACUAAACAGCAUAAAUCAAACAAUCCAUUCCCAAGGAUGGCUACUGACUAUCCUGAUGCCGCACAUCAGGAGAAUAUAUUCAUGGAUGAUAGCCCAAGAAAUGCAUUAAAUAACCAACAGCGGUUACAUUUCCCCCCAAAAGACCUGCAAUACAAGGCGGAGAGGGAACGAAUUCAAUUGCAGCAGGGCCCACAGUUCGUUUCCCCCCCUUCCCAGAGGCAGCAAAUACAGCAGCAGUAUCCAUAUCGAAACGACUUACCACAGGGCAUUCAACAGCAGCAACAGUAUCCCACUCCGUUCAACCAAGAGAUCCCAAAUUAUGUAGGCCCAAACAUGAGAUAUGCAUAUCAAGGCAUUCCGCCGAAUGCAAAUGUUCCAUAUUAUCCAGCGCAACAGGUGAAGCAACAGCAGCAGCCACAGCCCCAGCCCCAGAAAGUAAUGUAUCCAACACCACAACAGUCGGUUGCAGUACCACUACAAGUCCAAGCCCAAGCAGGAUCCCGGAUUCCACAGCAGGCCUCACACCCUGUAUCAAACCGUACGCAGGAGGAUAUACCUCCUCCCAUGCCCCCUCGUCAUGAACAACUACUUAAAGAGGGUGAGAAGCAAAAGAGAGAAGAAGAGCUUUUGAUAGCCUUCUCACCACCAAAACAACAUGGUGAUCAAAAUGUUGGAGAUAGACCAAACCCUGAAAUAUUGACCUCUCCUAGCAGACGUGGCAACCUGGAUCUCAGUUACAACGAGAUGGAUUUCAGCCAGGAAGAUCUUAUGAAGGAUCGUCAGGAUCCACUCGACACGGGCGGCAUGGACAGCAGUAUAGCUUCAAGUGAGAGCAUUGAAAUGAAUUUAGAGGAUACAAAGAGGGGAAACAGAUCUCUUCGAAUCAACAGAAGCGAAUUUCCAAGAGGCUACGAUUCACCCAUACCAAGAAGACACGAAGCCGGAAACGAGAAGAAUUCCACCGAUGAACGAGAAGCAGAGAGUGUGAAAGAAACAUCUGGACGCCGAUCUCUAGACCUUAAAUUCCACGAAGUGCGGUUCUCGUCUCCUGAUUUGAAUAAUCAAAACGUCCCAGUUCAUUCUGGACACCUGAAGGAGUCCAGUGCAAAUAAGCAUAAACCGACUCACUCACAUAAGCAAAGGAAUACCGAAUCUACAGACGCAGUUUCUCAUGUAGCGAGGCGUAACCACUCCACUGGAAGUAGCAGCAGUGCCAGUCGCAAGCAUAGUUCGAACAACAUCAAUGUAGUCAAGACAGGUUCCCAUGCUAGGAACGAUUUGGAAAGAACCAAGACUUCAAACGGAUCAAGCAACACCAGUGUGAACAAUAGCUCCACAAAUCUCAGUGGAAUGAGAAGGUCAUUCGCCAAGGCGCGUCAAUCAUUGGAUCUGGAACGCGUUCGUCGUGAAGCGCUGAACAACAGUGACUCAGCGAUCAGUGGUAAGAGGCGUUCACUCUUUUCGGUAUUUAGAGGAAACAGUGACAAGAAGUGA